AUGCAGACCAAGCGAUUUUUGGGCCUAAAUGGCACCAAGCUCCAGAUCGCCAUCGGCUUUUUGGCCGGCAUGGAUUUCCUCCUGUUUGGUUAUGAUCAGGGUGUCACUGGUGGUUUGCUCACGCUCGACUCUUUCGUCAAAUAUUUCCCCGAGAUCAAUACCCUCGAAUCAUACACCGAGGGCUGGAGCUCGGCAGCGAAGAGUAAUCAGUCAACACGCCAAGGUAUCACAGUCGCAGCAUACAAUCUGGGAUGUUUCGCAGGUUCAAUCCCCACAAUUUGGAUCGGUAAUAUCUUGGGUCGCCGAAAGGCUAUCUUUGUCGGUUCAUUCAUUAUGUGCAUCGGUGCAAUCCUUCAGUGUACCUCGUACGGGCUUGCUCAGCUUGUUGUUGGUAGAUUGGUCACCGGCUUUGGUAAGCAUUACUGCCUUGCGCCAAAUAGCCAUUCGCUCACAAGAAACACAGGUAACGGGAUUAACACUUCGACGGUUCCUACGUGGCAGUCCGAGUGCUGCAAGUCCCACCGACGAGGUCAGAUGGUUAUGAUGGAGGGCGCCAUGAUCACCUGUGGUAUCACCAUCAGUUACUGGAUUGAUUUCGGUCUGAUGUUCGCCGACCCCAACGAAGUUGCGUGGAGGUUCCCACUGGCGUUCCAGAUCUUCUUCGCUGCGAUCAUCCUGGGCUUCGUCAUGUUCCUACCCGAAUCACCCCGUUGGCUCAUUCUGAAAGGUCGCGAGGAAGAGGCAAAGGAGGUAUUGGCAUGCUUGAUGGGUGACGAGACAGAUGAGUUGUUCAUCGAGACCGAAUUUACCGCCAUCAAAGCAACCGUGCUGGAGAUGGCAACGGGGUCAUUCCGAGACAUGUUCACUAUGACCGAGGACCGACACCUGCACCGUACUAUGCUUGCUUAUGUCAAUCAAAUGUUCCAGCAAAUUUCCGGUAUCAACUUAAUCACCUACUACAUUCCAACCCUCCUGGAGCAACAGGUUGGCUUGGACGCCACGACUUCCCGUCUUAUUGCUGCUUGCAAUGGUACCGAGUACUUCAUUGCGUCGUGGAUUGCUGUGUUUACCGUUGAGAAGUUUGGUCGCCGAACACUUAUGCUCUUUGGUGCUGUGGGUAUGUCGAUCUCUAUGGUAGUCCUUGCCAUAUCGGAUAACAUUUCCGCGAGCAACAAGGGAAAUUCUACUGGAGUCAAGGCUGGUAUUGCGCAAACUGUAUUCCUUUUUGUAUUCAAUACCUUCUUUGCCAUCGGAUGGCUUGGAAUGACUUGGUUGUAUCCCGCGGAGAUUGUUCCCUUGAAAAUUCGCGCUCCAGCCAAUGCCUUGUCCACUUCCUCUAAUUGGAUCUGGAACUUCAUGGUUGUCAUGAUUACCCCAGUCGCCUUUGAAAGCAUUGGUUAUAAGACCUAUGUUAUCUUCGCCGUGAUUAACGCUGCCAUUGUGCCAGUCGUCUAUUUCUUCUUCCCCGAAACUACCGCGCGCUCACUGGAAGAAAUGGACCGUAUCUUCCGCAAGACUACCAGUGUUUUCAAUGUCGUUUCGCUCGCCCGAUCGGAGCCGCACAUGUAUGGUUCAAACGGCGAACUCUUGCGUACCCUGGAUGAUGUCGAAGAUGAUGCUGUCCGUCGCGCCAGCCUGCUUAAUAAACAGAACAAGGGCCAGCGAUUGACUCACACUGAACACGCAGAAAAAGACAGCGACGGAAACACGAGUGAAGAAAGACAAUACUAG